UUAUAGAAAGAUCAGAAGCAAGCAUAUGGUUUGGCUAGCAGGGAUGUCAUUAAGGUUAUCAACGUUUGUAUGUUGCUUUUAAUUACAAUAUCCGUGCUCUUCAUUUACACUGUUGUACUGAUUGGUUUCUUCAUGGGAUGGUGUACUCUAAUACCAAUGAUGUUUCAUCCAAGGAAAGAAAUUCCAUUUUGCGCCGUGAAGUCACCAAGACGGAACACUAGAUAUGGCGAUGUUGAAUCCACUAUUUCUAGCUCGUUGUCGGUAGAGUGCACGCAUAGAAUUUUUGAGUCAACGGAAAAGCUGGACAGGAGAUAUUCCUCAUACAACGUUCAGUCACCACCAUUAAGCGAUUAUCUCCAUCCCAAAUAUUCACUGCCUCCCAUAAAAAUUAACUUUGAUGCAGAGCAGACCUAUUUUAAGCAGUAUUUACGUACGCCUGCUCAUUUAUGCUUAAAGAAGAUAUCGUUAUCAAAGCCAAUACCGGAAAGCAAACCACUGCAAUCAGCAUCAGUUGCUCAGUAUGAAACUGUUAUUGUAUAG